GAGUGUAUCAAGACGAGUUCCAAGAUAACGUCGCUAUUGUUGUCAGCAGUAUAAAACAUGAAAUUAAUUUAGGAUUACCUGAACAACUUGAAAUCACCGCUUACAAUUACUAGCUAUGCUGUGCUCCAUCGCCACCCACCUCGCCCUCAUUCUCACCCUGCUGGUCACCGUGGUGCGGCCUGCUGACUCUUGGAUGACCACGUAUCAAUCUAAUUUCCAACUCGCUUGUCCGGCUGGUCAAACCGUCAGGCGUCUGGAGAGUUUCUUUGGCGUCGGUCAGUACGACAGGGUGUGGAACAUGUCUUGCAGCAUCCUACCAAAUUGGGUGGACCUCUCCUCGUGUGAGUGGAGCGGUAAGUUGAUACCCAUUGUUUAACUUUACGUGUGCGAUGAAAACUUAUUAUUUUCAUAUGAGACGGGACAAAUUAAGUCAGGCAGCAGUUCGGUUUAUGAAAGUAUGAGUACUCUGCUCUUUGUUUUAAAAGCACACACAAAUUGAUGACAUCAUUGUCCUAAUAUUUUUUUUUCCAUUCUGGCUAUUUUGCACUGGUGAAUCAAAAUGUGAACAAUGGCAAAAGUGCGAUUACUUUUAUCAAUUGAUUUGGAAUUUUCUGAGUUCCUUUUAAUUUCAUUUUCCGCGGAUAUUAUAAUUAAAAUUGUAGAAAUAAAUUUUAAUGAAACUUUUAGUUGGGUUUUAAUUAUUUUCAUUUUUAAAAAAAAUAAUUGUCAAGCUUUUUCUGUAUUUGUACGGGUUUCCACCAGUACGUGCAAACGUGUUUUACGUCAGCCAAAUUGCUAGUGCUCAUCAUUUUCCUUUAUUUCCAAUUGCUUCGUUCAGUUGCACUUGUGUUUUUGCACGACAUGAUCGUCAUUGUUUUUGUCUGCUGUCGUGGCAACACUAUGGAAGCCAUGUCCCCAAAAAAUAAUUUUAAAAUAACUUUUAAAAAGUGCACAAACACGGUGAAUAAGGGGGGGGGGGGGGGGGUCGGAUAGCGUCAAUGAACCGAAAUGUUCAGUCAAUGAACCGAAAUGUUCAGUCAAUGAACCGAAAUAUUCAGUCAAUGAACCGAAAUGUUCAGCCAAUGAACCGAAAUGUUCAGCCGAUGAACCGAAAUGUUCAGUCAAUAAACCGAAAUGUUCAGUCAAUGAACCGAAAUAUUCAGUCAAUAAACCGAAAUAUUCAGUCAAUGAACCGAAAUGUUCAGUCAAUAAACCGAAAUGUUCAGUCAAUAAACCGAAAUGUUCAGUCAAUGAACCGAAAUGUUCAGUCAAUGAACCGAAAUGUUCAGUCAAUAAACCGAAAUUUUCAGUCAAUGAACCGAAAUGUUCAGUCAAUAAACCGAAAUAUUCUGUCAAUGAACCGAAAUGUUCAGUCAAUAAACCGAAAUGUUCAGUCAAUAAACCGAAAUGUUCAGUCAAUGAACCGAAAUGUUCAGCCAAUGAACCGAAAUGUUCAGUCAAUAAACCGAAAUGUUCAGUCAAUGAACCGAAAUGUUCAGUCAAUAAACCGAAAUGUUCAGUCAAUGAACCGAAAUGUUCAGUCAAUGAACCGAAAUAUUCAGUCAAUGAACCGAAAUGUUCAGUCAAUGAACGGAAAUGUUCAGUCAAUAAACCGAAAUGUUCAGUCAAUGAACCGAAAUGUUCAGUCAAUGAACCGAAAUGUUCAGUCAAUGAACCGAAAUAUUCAGUCAAUGAACCGAAAUUUUCAGUCAAUAAACCGAAAUAUUCAGUCAAUAAACCGAAAUAUUCAGUCAAUGAACCGAAAUGUUCAGUCAAUGAACCGAAAUAUUCAGUCAAUGAACCGAAAUUUUCAGUCAAUAAACCGAAAUAUUCAGUCAAUAAACCGAAAUAUUCAGUCAAUGAACCGAAAUGUUCAGUCAAUGAACCGAAAUAUUCAGUCAAUAAACCGAAAUGUUCAGUCAAUGAACCGAAAUGUUCAGUCAAUAAACCGAAAUAUUCAGUCAAUGAACCGAAAUGUUCAGUCAAUGAACCGAAAUAUUCAGUCAAUGAACCGAAAUUUUCAGUCAAUAAACCGAAAUAUUCAGUCAAUAAACCGAAAUAUUCAGUCAAUGAACCGAAAUGUUCAGUCAAUGAACCGAAAUAUUCAGUCAAUGAACCGAAAUGUUCAGUCAAUAAACCGAAAUGUUCAGUCGAUGAACCGAAAUUUUCAGUACAGUGAAGUUUUCAGGUCUAUGAUUUAUUAGGACUCUGGCCCUGUAUCGAUUCGCUGGGCACCAAGGCUAACGGUGACAAUAGUGAUGAGCUUUGACGCUUAAUACUUGACAACUUUGUUUUUUUCCAGGUGCUCAGAACAACUACAACGAGGUUCUUAUAUUCCAGUGCCCUAGUGACUACAUAGUCACAGGGAUAGCAUCCACUUAUGACAGAUCCAAGCUAGACAGGAUAUGGUCAUUCCAGUGUUGCAAUCCACAAGGUAAUUGAUUCGGUCCGUUGUUCUAAAUUGAAAUUUAAUUGUUUUUCCCUUGAGAUAUGUAACGCACUCCAAAAAUGGAGAAACAAAAAAAAAAGAGCGAAUUUUUCGUGGUUAAGCCUUAGUAAGAUCACUUCCUAGUUGUGUCUUUUCUCUGGGAACAUUCUUGGGACAAAACUAGAAUAAUGAUCUAAUAUUGUUUUUUUUUUUUAAUUAAAGUUAAUUCCUCACAUAAAAUCUAGAAAACAAUUGAAUUACAUUUUUUCUAGAAUGAUAAUUCGAGAAAAUGCUUUUAUUUAAACGAAACAUGUGUUGUUGUUUUUUUAUUAUGCCGGUUCCAACAAAUUGAGAACCAAAUAUUUGUUUUCGGACAUACGGUUGUUAAUGUUAUUGUUUCAUACAGAUUAUGUGACACACGAGUGUAUGUACACGUCAUUCAUCAACACUUAUGGUGACGUAAUGAACUACAGGGUGCCCAACGACCACGUGCUCAGGGGAGUGGAGAGUAUCUAUGACCAGAACCGUAGGUACGUUAUGGUUGACAUAGGUCAGCGGUGGGUGUUUGUUUAACUGAAUGACCCGUGUGGCACAGCAGGUGACACCCUCGCCCUAGACACGUGCAAAGAGCAGCUUCGGGGAGUGAGAAGGAUUUUCAACAUGCCUUAAAUGGUUGAUGAAACGGGAUGAUAAUGAUGACGAAUAAGAAGUACAAAAGAAAUCAACCGUUGUAGGCUAAGAACAUAUAAGUACGCGUAGCAUCUCGCUUGAACUCUGUAAUUGCUGCCCAUCAACGUAACUCUUUGGUGCUGCCCAUCCACACAACUCUAUAAGUGCUACCCAUCCACACACCUGUAAAGGUGCUACCCAUCGACACAACUCUAUGGGUGCUACUCAUCGACACAACUGUAUAUCUUCUACCCAUCCACACAACUCUAUAGGUGCUAACCAUCCACAAAACUAUGUAGUUGCUAACCCAUUAACCCAACUAUGUAGGUGCUACCCAUCCAUUCAACUGAGUAGCCGCUACGCUUCUACGCUUCUACGCAACUCUUUAUUUUUUUGUUUAAAAUUUCUACCACCCCCCCCCCACACACACAACCUUUGAAAAGUGUCACUCAUCCACACACCUCUCAAACUGCUGACCAUCCAUACAAGUAGUUGCUAACCCAUUAACCCACCCAUUUAGGUGCUACCCCUCCAUUCAACUUAGUAGCCGCUACGCUUCUACGCUUCUACGCAACUCUUUAUUUUUUUGUUUAAAAUUUCUACCCCCCCCCCCCCACACACACAACCUUUGAAAAGUGUCACUCAUCCACACAGCUCUGAAAGUGCUGACCAUCGAUACAACACAGCUUUAGAAAAGUUUGUUUAAAGUGUAGAGUUUUGUUAAAUCUUUCAAUGUUAACUACAAAUGCUUCUCUUUCUGUUCCCAGGGACCGCCUCUACAAAUUUGACAUCUGCAAGCUGGCCCCGGUAGACUUUAACAAUCACGUGAUUGUUGGUUGACGGAAGUGACGACACACAUUGCUUUAAAAGUCAUGGAGCACGCACUGCCGUGUAUGAUGUACCGCCAUGUAUGAUGUACUGUCGUGUAUUAUGUAAUGAAUGAAUUGGAGAUGUGCAUUAAAUGAUAUAUUUUUCUAUAAAA